AUGGCCGGCCAAAAAUUUCAGUACGACGAAAGCGGAGCGACAUUUUUCUAUUUUCUUCUGUCGUUUCUUGCUCUUCUGCUGGUCCCCGGCACGUAUUACUGGUGGCCGAGAAAACAGAAAGAAGAUCCGAAAGCGUUGGCGUCCGAAUGUUAUUGUCCAGGAUGUCGAAAAAAAAAACUCGUCUUGCAGUCCACUAAACCAUGGGAACUGAUGAAAAGGACGUUCAUAAAAGUCAUCAUUAUUGCUGGCUGGGUGUUGUUAGCUUUUCUCGCCUACAAAGUUUCUCAGUUUGAUUAUGAGAGCGCAAGUUUUGAUCCAUAUGACAUUCUCAAUGUUCCAAUUGGAACUAGUGAAAAAGUAAUUAAAAAAGCUUACAGAAGGUUAUCAUUAAUUUAUCAUCCAGAUAAAGAGACUGGUGAUGAAAAAAAAUUCAUGAAGCUUACAAAAGCUUACCAAGCUUUAACUGAUGAUGAGUCCAGGAAAAAUUGGGAAAAAUAUGGUAAUCCAGAUGGCCCUGGUGCAAUGAGCUUUGGAAUAGCAUUACCGUCAUGGAUUGUAGAGAAAGAAAAUUCAGUUUGGGUCUUAGGACUGUAUGCUUUAGUUUUUAUGAUUGCUCUGCCUACUACAGUCGGUAUGUGGUGGUAUAAGUCUAUCAGAUAUUCUGGAGAUAAGGUUUUAUUAGAAACGUCUCGGAUGUACUAUUAUUUUUUGCAUAAAUCAAAUUCAAUACCUUUAAAACGAGUUAUAAUGAUUUUAAGUGCUUCAUUAGAAUUUGAAAAAAAAUACAAUAGUGAAAUUGUUGAACGAUCUUCAGAUGAACAUGAAAUGCCUCAACUUAUUAAACAACUGUAUAAUUUUGGAGAAAAAGCACAAAAAGAACCACCACUAUCCUAUAAUUAUUCAAUAAAAGCUAGAGCUUUGAUACAUGCACAUCUGUCUCGCCUAGUACUAAAGGCAGAUACAUUAGAUUUAGAUCGUAUGUACAUUGUGAAGAAAUGUCCAUAUUUAAUACAAGAAAUGGUUGGUGUCGUUUCUCAAUUAAUUUUACUAGCAUAUGCUCAAAGAGUGCCUCGUUUGCUUAAUAUUGAAACCAUAGAAAACUGUAUGAAACUUUGUCCCAUGGUGAUCCAAGCAUUAUGGGAGUAUAAAAGUCCAUUUAUGCAAUUACCAUACAUUACAGAAGAUCACAUAAAACAUUUCGACAAUAAAAAGAAACGUGUUAGAAGUAUUCAGCAUCUUGCUCAAUUAAAAAAUGAAGACAGGCGCAGCACAUUAAAAUUUUUAUCCGAUAGUCAGUAUGAAGAUUUAGUAAAAGUAUUGGGUAGAAUGCCUUAUAUAGACUUUAAAGUUCGUUGUGAAGUUAUUGAUGAUGAAGCUACUACAGUUUAUACAGCUGGAGCUAUAGUAACUGUGACUGUGCAGUUGAAAAGACGUGAUAUGAGGGUAUUGUUUGGUGACGAAUCUUAUGCAGACAAGCAUCAUAUUGAGGUAGAAAAAAAUGCUGCUAAAGAAAUAGAAAAAACAGAAAAAUCAGAGAAACCUUUGUCUAAUGGAGAUGUAAUAGAAAAUAAUGAAGAUAUUGAAAAUAAAGAAACAAAAGAUGAUGAAAAAGAAAAAAAAGUAACUAAAGGUAUUUGGCAGCAAAAACGUCAAUCUGGAAAAGGUAAAAAAAGUGGAAAUGUCAAAAAACCAAAAGCUACUUUGUCAGCAUCUGCCAAGAAAAAAAUUAAAAAGAAAGAAAAAUUGGAAAAAGCAAAAUUGGGAGAUUCAGAAACUAAAGAAACUGAAGAUGAUAAACCUGAAGAUAAAGAACAAUUAAAAGAUAGUAACGCGUCAUCAGAUGAUGACUCUGAUUCAGAUAACGAAAGUUCCAGUGAUGCUUCUGGAGACGAAUCAGAGAAGACAGAUGCUGAAGAAACAGCUGAUGAUAAAAAAAAGGCACCAUCAAAUAAUGAUGACGAUGAUGAUGAUGAUUGGGACAAAUUUCAAUCUGGAGCUAAUAAAAAAGACAGAGUACUUGAAGGCAGAACUAAACAGUCACAUUUGGUUCACUCCCCAUAUUUUCCUGAGGAAAAACAUGAAUAUUGGUGGGUUUAUUUGAGUGAUCGAAAAAGUCGUACAUUAUUAACUGUUCCAUAUCAUGUCACUGAACUUGUUGAUGAAGAAGAAAUUCAAUUAAAAUUUACAGCUCCUAGGUGGCCUGGAGUUUAUGUAUUUGCUGUUUGUCUUAGGUCAGAUUCAUACUUUGGUUUUGAUCAAAUGCAUGACAUCAAAUUGGAUGUAAAAGAAGCACCAGAACCUUUAACAGAACAUCCACAGUGGGAUAUUUCUGAUGAAGAAGAUGACACUAAAGAAGAAGAUAAGCAAAGUGAUAUUUCAGAGUUUACUACCGAUGAAGAUGUCGAAGAUUAAAUAAUAUAAACAUAUAAAAGCUUUGGGUGACCUGACAAACAAAGAAGUUCAAAACAAUAAGUAGAGUUAAAA